AUGAUUUCAUGUUAUGCCGAGAGAAAGCCUACGAUGUUGGCAGCCCGAUUCCACGGACGCGGUGAUAUUCGCCUCGAGAAGAUCGAAGAGCCGCAAUGCGGCAAAGGGGAAGUCAAGCUGAGGUUGGCUUACGUUGGAAUAUGUGGUAGUGACCUCCACGAGUACACAUCUGGCCCUGUUCUGAUCCCUAAAACACCACAUCCAAUCACGGGGUCCAAAUACCCCGUCACUAUGGGUCAUGAAUUCAGCGGCAUCGUUGUGGAAGUUGGCGACGAUAUACAGCACAUCUCCGCGGGCCAGCGAGUAGUUGUGCGACCGACUAUCUUUGACAAAACCUGUCCUUCCUGUGCAAGUGGGAAUCAACAUUGCUGCGAUAAUAUUGGGUUCAUUGGUCUCAGUGGCUAUGGUGGUGGUCUGGCCGAGUAUCUCGUCGCUCCUGCCGAACACUUUUACCAUAUUCCAGAGAAUGUCUCCCUGCAGUCAGCGGCAUUGGUGGAACCAGUUGCAGUAGCUUGGCAUGCGGUCAACAUAUCGCCUUUCAGACCUGGUGAUAAUGUUGUAGUCGUUGGAGGAGGUCCUAUCGGCAUUGGUAUUGUACAAGCCCUGAAGAUACAUGGGGCCAAAGAAAUCAUAGUGGUUGAGCCCAUUGAAAGUCGGAGGCAGUUAAGCAAAGACUUUGGUGCAACGCAUCUGCUAGAUCCCCACGACGUGAAUAUUCCUGAGACGGUACUUCGAUUGACCGAUAACAUUGGUGCCGACGUCGUAUUCGAUACCGCGGGCGUGGAAGGAGCCUUAAACGGGGCUAUACCAGCAUGUCGAACCCAUGGCACCAUAGUCAACGUUGCGGUUUGGGAGAAAAGGCCGGCUGUCCAGGUGAAUGAUUUGAUGUAUAAGGAGCUAAACUAUAUGGGAGCAGCCCUGUAUGAUAAUACAUCUUUCGAACGUGUGAUUCAAGCAAUGAGCUCUGGCCAGUUGAAUCCUGAUAAGAUGGUCACUUCGAAGAUCAUGCUGAGCGAAGUGGUGGAAAAGGGAUUUAAAUCUUUGCUUGAGAACCGGGAUGAACAUUCGAAAGAGUCCCAUCGUGGGUAA